GUUCAAGAUUCAACGCCCCCGCAUGCUGCAUGGUCCGAGCAAAGAAAGGUUUGAGCAGCGCCGCGACGAGCAACCGCCCCAAGACACCGAAUGCGCCAACACCGGCUGUGCUGUUGCCAGAAACGUCGGCAGCGCAUGCGGCGAAGAAUGCCGAAAACAUGAUUGAAUUCCUCCAUCGGACCUUUGACCGCGACGGGUUCUGGGCUCCGUCUGCGGAUUUGGCAGUGUACUUGAGGCAGCCUUUGCUUAGUCUUCACUCGAUGGGCCGGGAUGAAAUCAAUGCGAUUUGGUCGACGGCACUCGUCCUUAUCUAUUGCAUGGCCCAUCUCUUCGACUACCAUCAGUACUGGAUGAAGGUGGCUGAUGCCGCACGGGCAUGGCUGUUCCGACAGCCAUUCUUCGAUGUUGCGUACGUGGAUUUGGUCAAGCGCGGAUGCGUGCUUCUCAACGCCGACCCAAAAGCCAUGCUUGCGUCGGUGUUUUCAAAAGAUGGCAGUGCGAACGUGGACGACCUCCUCGAGCCACGACAAUGUGGAAACUGGGUCGAACUGUACCUGGACACGCCGCCGUACUCGAAAUAUUAUUGGAACAAGGUCACGAACGAAACGAGAUGGGAUCACCCGAGCAACCCCCCGGCCAUAGCCCAACCUACUCCGGCCGAACGCGACGCACAGCUUCGCACCCAGGCUCUCGCCACCGCCAAAGCCGAACGGCUCGCCAUGGUCCUCCCCAUGCGAAUAACCAUCCAUCGCAAGCCAUACAUUCCACCAAAGCCUGAGCCAUGCGAGUCGUGUGUCUCGGACCCCAAGACGGCAAGCGUGUUCUGCCAAGCCUGCGAUUUAUACCUGUGCGAUGGAUGUUGCGACGCCAUGCACCUUCAUCCGAAACGAGCCAACCAUUCCGAGACAUCGUUUCGCUUUGCAGUUUGUGUUGGGUACAUGGGUUUCCCUUACAUCCGACACAAGAAGAACUGAUGCCAUGGGGACGUCCGACUGCAUCCCACGAAAAACGGACCAAGUUGUGGGUCUCACCCAACGUCACAGUGCUAUGUGCUGUGCAAUCCAGUUGUACAUGUCGUUUCACGAUCGUGACUCGAUGAUGAGCCCAGUGCCUGCAGGAGGCGGACGCACAGUGUUUCCGAACAUUACAUUGAAGGGAGGCAAUCCUGUCUUGAAAACACGUAGAGAUGCCUGGUCUGGAUUCU